GCCAAGAAGGAUGUUGGUCUGCUACCGCCCCCCGGGGAAUGAGACACUGCUGAGCUGGAAGGCCUCGCGGGCCACAGGCACGGCCUUCCUGCUGCUGGCGGCGCUGUUGGGGCUGCCGGGCAAUGGCUUCGUAGUGUGGAGUUUGGCGGGCUGGCGUCCCGCACGGGGGCGGCCACUGGCGGCCACGCUCGUGCUGCACUUGGCGCUGGCCGAUGGCGCGGUGCUGCUGCUCACGCCCCUCUUCGUGAUCUUCCUGAUGGGGCAGGCCUGGCCGCUGGGCCAGGCGGGCUGCAAGGCGGUGUACUACGUGUGCGCACUGAGCAUGUAUGCCAGCGUGCUGCUCACGGUCCUGCUCAGCCUGCAGCGCUGUCUCGCCGUCACCCGCCCCUUCCUGGCGCCCCGGCUCCGCAGCCCGGCCCUGGCCCGUCGCCUCUUGCUGGCGGUCUGGCUGGCUGCCCUAUUGCUGGCCAUCCCAGCCGCUGUUUACCGCCACCUGUGGAGGGACCGCGUAUGCCAGCUGUGCCAUCCGUCGCCGACCCACGCCGCCGCCCACCUGGGCCUGGAGACGCUGACUGCCUUCGUGAUUCCUUUCGGGUUGAUGCUUGGCUGCUACAGCGUGACGCUGGCACGGCUGCGGGGCGCCCGCUGGGGCUCCGGGAGGCACGGGACGCGGGCGGGACGGCUGGUGAGCGCCAUCGUGCUCGCCUUCGGUUUGCUCUGGGUCCCCUACCACGUCGUCAACCUUCUGCAGGCGGCAGCCGCUCUCGCGCCACCGGAAGGGACCUUGGCGAGACUUGGCGGGGCGGGCCAGGCGGCGCGGGCUGGAACUACAGCCUUGGCCUUCUUCAGCUCCAGCGUCAACCCAGUGCUUUACGUCUUCACUGCGGGGGAUCUGCUGCCCCGGGCUGGCCCCCGUUUCCUUACACGGCUUUUUGAGGGCUCCGGAGAGGCCCGAGGGGGUCGUUCUAGGGAGGGGACCAUGGAACUCCGAACUACUCCUCAGCUAAAAGUGGUGGGGCUGGGCCGGGGCAAUGGAGACCCCGGCGGCGGGAUAGAGAAGGACAGUCAGGAAUGGGACUCUUAAAACUAAGCCCUACAACGGGGCCUGUUCCUCCCUACCCUUUAAGUUGAGCAUUUGGGGACCUUUCUCUGACUACAAUUUGGGUCUGGCUGAGUAGGGUUGUUACACACCUAGGAAGGCCAGGUUCCUCCAAUCUGAGGGAUUAUAAGGGCUAUGAUGGGCCACGUUAACUGACUGUAGUGUGCUUGAAGGUUGGCAUGUACCCAUGUGCCAAGGCUGCUUACUUGUUGCCUAAACUAUUAUUGUGAAAUACACCAGGAAGCUAUAGAUGAUGGCUUAAGUGUGCUCCCUCUGGAAGUUCAUCAUGCCUGA